CUGUCUGCAUGUAUGCUUGAUAGCUAACGAAAGUUAAAGCUAGCACGUUGCACAUUGGCUACAUACGAAUUAAACUCGCACAACUAUGAGCUGGAGUUGGUAUUUUCAAGAGUUCAUACUCUAGCAUGUUUGUGAAGCUACCACAAGAAGACGCAAUGAGGUAUACGGUGUUGAUGGUGUUCCUUCUAAUUAUAAUUACAGAUAUUGUAUGUUCUCAGCGACCAUGUAUUUGUAUAGCGCUUUAUGAUCCAGUGUGUUCCACAUCCGGUGAGACUUUCAGUAAUGAUUGUGUUUUGAAUUGUGCUGGUCAAUUACUUGCGUGCCGUGGGCGAUGUCCGUGUUGGUUUUAACAACAAAAAGACAAGGCAUGUUCAGCUCCAAGUGAUACUGAAACAUAUAUGAAAGACAUUUAAAAAAUUAAAAAAACAAACUGUUUACAUAAUAUAAUAUUGCCAAGGCUA